UACCUGUAGGACAAGAGAGAUGCUCCACACUGUGUACAGCGUUCUAUUAGAAGAUAGAACGAACACUUGUACCACGUUGCUGGACAGGUUGUGCUUAGGAAAUGUCGAAUCCAAAGCGCACUAGAAGUUUACUAAUGGACUUUGUAAAGGUGGAAUGGGAGGGAUUAAUUGGAGAGAAAGCUUGGUAAUGUGUUUAUUGCCUUGUAUCCUUCAGGAUAUGAAACUAGGAGUAUGGCAAUGUUCAUGACAAUUGAUUGCGUUUCUGUCUGUAUUGAUGUUGAGGCCGGAAGGUACAUUUUUGCGGGAAGACGUAUGGAAGACAGGGAGUCCAUUGCUAUGGCAGCUGUGUCAGGAGCGGUGAAUUCUACCAUGAAGCCGCCUCUUCGCGCAUUCAAAGACAGAGUCAAAGCUCUGCACCAUUGGUGACCUCUGUCGCACUGCUGCCUGCCUGCCUGUCUAGACUUGUGUGCGACGCCGCUCUCCCUCUCACCAACUGGUAUUUGUGUCCUCCAUGGCCAGAUCAGGCACGUUUUCCUGCACCCAGCCCUGAGAGCUUGCGACCGACGACUUUGAUCAUCAUCGCCCUGGCACAGGGCUGGUCAGUAAGUCAGAGGUUUAGAAGCUUGCACAUGGAUUCGACUCCAUUAAUGGUAGAUGCGGCUCCGCUGCAAGGUGUACAGAAGGCUGCCUUGAAACUGUGAACUAUGCCCUCCAGACGAUUUUUCCAUCUCAUCCGAGGGCGCUCCCUUUCGCCUGACAGUACAAUGGGGAUUAUGGAGUUCAUUCACGCGCAGCAUCUAACAUUCUUUUCACCGACGUUCUGAGAAUGAUCAGUUCAAAUGGCCGCAUGUUUCACUAGGAAUGCAUGUUGACCAGGUUAACGUCCAUUGCGAGCUCACGGAUGUAUGAAGUACUCAACGUUCCCAGCACUGGUAUCUAUUUGGUGCGUUCCUCAACAAGUUGCAGAUAGUUCACUUCUCAAGCAAUAAGUGAAGGAUAGGUACCUUUUCUCCCCAAGUACUUUGUGCGGAUGUAGAUCCUUCAGACUCAAUUCCUUUUCCAACAUGAUAUUUAAUGAUAGCAUUGUGGGCGUCAAUCAACUCCAUUUGACAAUGAACUGGGAGAGGAAAGCAGACUAGUGAGCUUUUAUUUGUGUUCCGUAAUACUUUCCUUUUUCAGCUUUUCUUGGUUUCUUUGAAACCAAAGAAUUUGUCGAUGCAUCUUACCUCAAUGCACAUAGGCGACAGCAGUCUAUCGGGAGAAAUCUGUUGGGAGGACUGCAGUACUGAGAUCAUGCGGACGAUCAUAAUUCCAGAUGAGCAGGACGACAAUGUAAAGCAGAUGUCGCCUCUCUCUCUCUCCCAAAGUCUUGACUCACUUCUAGGCUCAAAGUCAUCCUUGACAACCGAGUGGGCUGAUUCCGUGCGUUCUAUCAUGAAUUCAGCAUGUGGUUCACCAAUGACGUGCAAUAGCUGCACGGUGUCAUUGUCUUCAAGCUCCGAUGGAGACAAUGCUCACAAUCGGCAAGAGUGCCUUGAUCGAGAAAUUGGUAAACUUGAAGAAGAGUUAAGUGUGUUACGGACUGCCUUGGAAGUCUCCAACUCGCUCCGCCGUAGCAGCCUUAACCGUAUACUGGAUCUCAAAGGGAACAUUCGAGUUUUCUGUCGAAUAAGGCCAUUUUUACCUGCUGAGAAGCAUGCGCGACCAGGACCCGUUACGAACGCCAGUGAGAAUUGGGUGAAAAUUUCGGGCAGAAACUCCCGCAAGGAAUUUGAGUUUGACAAAGUGUUUCAACCUAAUUCUGUGCAAGAUGAUGUUUUCGCUGAAAUUGAGCCGAUUAUCAGGUCUGCUUUAGAUGGCCACAACGUUUGCAUCUUCGCCUAUGGACAAACUGGCUCUGGGAAAACUUUUACAAUGGAGGGCUCCAAUGACGACCCAGGUGUAGUACCACGUUCUCUUCGACGACUUUUUGAGGAAGCUUCAUACGACACAAACAUACAAUACUCUUAUUCCUUAAGUAUGCUUGAGGUUUACAAAGGCUCGCUAAGAGAUCUGCUGGUAGCUCGACCUACCCGGCACACAGAUGCCACCAAAUGCCAGCUCGAGUUGAUGGGAACUUGCAGCUUGUCCAUCCAAAUGGGCUCGAAAGGAUUUAUUGAAGUGGAGAACUUGACAGAAAUACCAAUCGCCGAUGUUAAAGAAGCAAGCCGAUUAUACUUAAAAGGCUCCCGACGACGUUCAACAGCAUGGACAAACGCUAAUGAUACAUCCAGCAGAUCACACUGUUUGCUUCGCAUCAACAUCGUUUGCAAAUCGCCUCAUGACAACAAGAAACGUAUGAGUAAGCUCUGGUUAAUCGAUCUCGGAGGCAGUGAGCGACUUUUGAAAACCAAUGCGCAAGGAUUGACCAUGGAAGAGGGACGCGCUAUCAAUAUUUCACUUUCAGCUUUAGGGGACGUGAUCAGUGCACUUCAUAAGCGUCGACCACAUGUUCCUUACAGGAAUAGCAAGCUUACACAGAUUCUUCGAGAUUCUUUGGGUGACAAUUCAAAAACCUUGAUGCUCGUACACGUGAGCCCCACGGAGACGGAUUUGGGAGAGACGAUCUGCUCACUCAGCUUUGCAACGCGUGUUCGAGGCACACAUCUGGGCCAUGAUCUAUCAGCAGACGCGGAGAAGUUGAAAGCGGCGGCUAUGUCCGAGCUGUCUAAACAGAACAGCAUUCAUGAAAGCGAAUGUCAACUUCUUUGCAACAAAAUCAAGUCACUGAAUCUCCUCUUGGGAGAAAAGCGAUGUAGCCUCGAACAAGUGAAAAAUGAGAAGAUGCUGCCCAGAGAUACUUCAUUCACUACCAAUCCACAGCAGGGUGUAUCGGUUGGGGAUACGUUACCAUCACUCUCACCUUGUAACAUUGAUUCAGAGAAGCCUGAGACGGACUCCUGCGCUAUAUCCCCUCUCCGAAAGGUUCCGAGAUUCAUGAGUCCUACUGCAAGCAGCCGUGGGAAAAAAUCUCCUAUUGUGCUCUGUGAUCACCCCAUGAUGACCCAACAGCCACCUAUGACCUUUACAUCUGGAUACUCCAAAAGAAUUGUUGCUCCAAGGGGCGUGCUGACCGAUUCCCCGAGGACGGGAUUGAAGAUAGAUACAAGAAACGAUAUCACAAAUUCAAAGAGAAAAUUAAUGGAGCGUUCUCCAUGGCCAGCGACUGCGAAGAAACCAGAUCAAUCAGCAGACAACUCGGUAUGUACGACGACGUCGGAGGGUCCUGUUGACAAGACCUUUGGCAUCAAGGAGACCCCUACCCCUACGAAAUUCACAGAGCUGCCCACAAACGAUGUAUUAACACCAAUUUCUCAUUCAAAAGUGACCGAGGAGCACUACUCUCGUAUUCUUGCUGCUGAAAGGUCUAUCUCCAAGCUUGCCGUCUCGGUAUCAUCGUCGGUACGUGGUUCAUCACCACGAAGCCGGAGGAGACUAAGCUUAGAUUGCAGCAGCAUGAACGGAACCACAAAGCGAUUCGUGUUCUAAAAAUUCAACAUUAUAACACCCAACAAGAAGAUUCCAGGAGUUACUUGGGGGCUCCCCAGCCCUUUCACGGUGCUCAAAGCCUCUUCGAUAGUGAUAUUCUCAAAAGCAUCUGCAGGUGGCUUCACUCUGGGCGCAUCUGAGCAAUGUAUUUUCUCAUGCUAGCGGUGAUUUUCAUUCUCAUUUUACUCCUUUCUCCCCGCAAUAGCUUACUGUCAGAAUGCGUGAACUACAAAUUCUGUAGAGAAACGCUCUAAAGUGUACAUACGCAAAGAGGGACGGUGAGGGAUAUGGACGGCAAUGUGCGAAUUAGUGCCCCUUUCUAGACUACGCCACCGUCCUCUACGCUCAGUAGAAGUCGCCCUAAAAGGUAAGCAAAACAAUUAUCAUCUCAUUUAGUAAGAUUUCUCCAUGUGUUGGUAAGUUUUCGCCUCUCCAAUUUAGAAGAAUAAAAAAAGAUUUCGAAGUGAAGCUAUAGAAACAUUGUACUUUAUUACGUCUUCUUGUCAAUGUUAUUCAUGUUCACUCUGUUGACUA